AACACACACAACUGAAGACAAGGAGGAGACCCGGUGCCCAGACCUCUCCCCCCCGGGCAGUGCUGGGACCACUGGAUCAUCACACAGGCGAGACAAGGACAGACAGAGAAGGAGAAUGGGAAAUGCCAGCUCCCGCCAACAGGCGGUUCUGUCUGAGACCCCCACAUUCUUCACACAGGAAGAGCUCAGCAAACUGAAGUCCGAAUUCGAAACGGGAGGUGUGGAAAAUGUUCAACCUCUGCUGGAGAAGAAGGUGAAAGAACUGGACAACACCGAGCUGAACAUCGCCGUGACGGGAGACACGGGUGCAGGAAAAUCCACCUUCAUCAACGCCAUGAGAGGGCUUCGUAGCGAAGAUGAGGGAGCGGCUGCGGUUGGGAACACGGAAGCUACAAUGGAGCCAACCGGAUACCCACAUCCCAAUCUGCCCAAUUUCCGCUACUGGGACCUGCCGGGGAUCGGAACUACACGAUUCACCGCGGGUUCCUACAUGAAGGAAAUGAAAUUUAAAAAAUACGAUUUCUUCAUCAUAGUGGCAGCUGGUCGAUUCACAGAGAAUGAUGCAAAUCUUGCCAAGGAGAUUAAGCGGCUGGGGAAGGAGUUCUAUUUUGUUCGCUCUAAGAUUGACGCAGACCUUGAUUCAAUGCGGCAGCAACGGGAUGAAUUUGAUGAAGAUGCAGAAAUGGAAACGAUCCGGAGUGACUGCGUCAGUGGGUUGGGAAAGGCAGGGAUCCCCGAUCCCAAUGUGUUCCUGAUAUCCAGUUUUAAGAAGAAUAUGUAUGACUUCCCUCUGUUAAUGGAAGCACUUGCAGAUGGUUUACCAAAAAUAAAGAAAUCUGUCUUUGUCCUGGCCCUUCCCAACCUCAGUGUGGAGGUUAUUCGGAGGAAAGGUGAGGUGUUGAAGGAACGUAUCUGGAUGUCGGCGAUCCUCGCGGGAGGAGUGGGAGCGAUCCCGAUCCCAGGUAUCUCUGCCGCCUGUGACAUGGCGAUAUUGAUAGUAGCGAUAACCUAUUUCCGUAAAUGCUUGUGUCUGAAUGAUGCAGCUCUCGGGAGAUUGGCCGACAGAACAGGCACAUCCGUGGAAGAGUUGAAAGCCGCAGUAAAAUCUUCCCUGCUGGAAGAAAUAUCUGUAAAAGUAAUAGUAAGGCUGGGUUUAGGUACAGUCGUCGUUGCUGUUUCAGCCGUGGAAGCCGCUCUUUACUUUGUCCCAGUGUGUAGGAUAGUGCUAGUAUUUUAUGGGGUUAAUGAAAGAGCGUUCAGGGUGCAGCCCGGUUUUCACCAAUCUUCCCACCACCAGCACAAGAUGCACAAGAAGAACAAGAGAGGCACCAUUGUGCAGAUAUAUUGA